GAUCUGCCCCCAGAUAUGAAAUUUCAUGGUGAAAAGAGGCUGGACUAUGAAUGGACAGGGAAGACAGGGUUACUGGAGAUGAUCCUCAAACGUGUUUACACCCUCCUGAACUCCUGGGACAGCCUAGAGGAUUUUGAUCAGAUCUUCUGGGGCCUCAAGAGCCCCCUUUGUGAGAAGGUUCACCAGCGCUGGCAGGAUGAUGAGCUUUUUGGCUACCAGUUCCUCAAUGGCGCCAACCCCAUGCUGUUGAGACGCUCCACCUCUCUGCCCUCCCGGCUGGUGCUGCCCUCGGGGAUGGAGGAGCUUCAGGCCCAGCUGGAGGAAGAACUCCAGAACGGUUCCCUAUUUGAAGCUGACUUUAUCCUGCUGGAUGGAAUUCCAGCCAACGUGAUCCAAGGAGAGAAGCAGUACCUGGCUGCCCCCUUCGUCAUGCUGAAGAUGGAACCCAGUGGGAAGCUGCUACCCAUGGUCAUCCAGAUCCAGCCUCCCAAUGCCAGCUGCCCCAUCCCACCACUGUUCCCCUCAGACCCCCCUCCACUUGCCUGGCUCCUGGCAAAGACCUGGGUCCGAAGUUCAGAUUUCCAAUUGCACGAGUUACAGUAUCACUUUCUGAACACUCAUCUGCUGGCUGAGGUCAUUGCUGUAGCCACCAUGAGGUGCCUCCCAGGACUGCACCCUGUCUUCAAGCUCCUGAUCCCACACACGCGCUACACCAUGGAUAUAAACAUACGUGGACGGACACAGUUCAACUCAGAUAGUGGAAUAUUUAGUCAGGCAGUGAGCACAGGAGGAGGGCCCCAUGUGCAGUUGACGGGUCGGGCCAUGGCUCAGCUGACCUACCGCUCCCUCUGUCCUCCUGACGAUCUGGCUGACCGGGGCCUGCUGGGAAUCCCAAGUGCUCUCUAUGCCCAUGAUGCUUUACGGCUCUGGGAGAUCAUUGCCCGGUACGUGGAAGGGAUCAUCCACCUCUUCUACCACGGGGAUGACGUGAGAGGGGACCCUGAGCUGCAGGCCUGGUGUCGGGAGAUCACUGAGGUGGGGCUAUGCCAGGCCCAGGACCGAGGUGAGAUCCCUCCCCAGAGAAGGAAGCUCCUCAGACACUCUGCCCAGAGCCCCUUGUCAGCCUUGUCCUUCUGGGGACAUGAUCCCAACCUCUCAUCACCCUCUCACCCUCCACACAUGAAGAAUAUGAAUACCAUUCCCACCUCCUAA